AGGGAACGCACAGGCCUACCUCGCUAUUGACCCACACAAGUCAACAAAGUGACAGAGCUGGUGGUAAAAGUACAUCUAAAGAAAGCAUGGCCAAAGCAAGCUCCUCCCGAACCGAAAAUCCGCGGAGCAGCACCAAGGAGCCCUCAGAGAACCCCCAGGAGACAACGGGGCUCUUGUCUGGCCAAACCAAACAGCCAUCCCAUGCGGUCGAAGCCAACUACAGCGGUGAGGAUUUGAAUCCGCAGUCCUUAGGGUACAAGAUAUUUACCGUAAUUAGCACCGUUGCCAUAAUCGUUGCCGUACUCGAGAUUCUGGCACAGAGCAUCACGUUCGCGAUUCACGGUGGUGUUUUUGUACAACACAUCCUGAGAUUUUACAUUCUCUUCUUUUGCAUUCUUUUUAUUUGUGCGGAAUUGCAACUUCAAACGGUGACAAGCUACGUACCAUUCCUCAAAAGCUGGAUUUAUCGCGGCUUUUUGUACACGUUCGUCGGUGUAAUUGGAGUAGAAGAAUCCUACGCAACAUUGGCACAAACGUACCCUGAAAUCCCAGGAGUCAAGGAGCAAGCUGCUUCCUUGUUCCUCAAAAUUGUAUCUAUAACCAUGCUGUCCUUCGGUGUUCUUUACAUGGCAAUGUCGAUUCUGUGCUUGCAUGGUGUAUUUGACAAGAUGCAAUCCAGGGGCCAGGAAAAGUACGCGGAACACAUGAGCGUCAACAUUUGGAAAGAGCAGGGCGUAGAUAACCUUCCCGUUUGUAUUUAAAUUCAGCAUGGCUUGACGGGCGUGAAAAAUAGCUUUCGGUAAAUUAUCGG